GUUGCGGAUCGGCCCAGUCAUCCUUAGUAUAGUCGCCAUGAUCGUGAAAAAAGUUCUGUGAGGAUCGUAAAUUGCUUUUUUUAAUGGAAACAAAAGUGGACUUGAAGGGAAUUUCAGUCUAGAAAACAAUUAAGAUUUAAUUUUAAUAUCCCGUGGCUUCAAUCUGAAGUUUUUGUCUUAGAUCACAUCUCACAAACCUUAUUCAGCUAGUAAUAUUAAGUUUGACACCCUCUCCUCUUAAAUCUGACCCCUCAAAUAUGACAGAGGGGUAAUAGAUUGGAGAAGGCAGGUGAGGGAAGAUUCGGUCUACAUUAACCUUAAUGUAUGACAAAGCAAGAUUUUAAGUUUUUUUGAGGUCGCUAAGUAUAACUGGAUAGAGUGGGUGGUCAGUGUAUGGCUGAAGAAAACAAGUGUUUACCACAGGACGGGGAACUUCCUGGUUAUGAUGGUUCUAAACCUCCCAUGGGGCGAUUAGAAGAUGACGAUGUAGAGGGAGACGAAGAGGGUCAGUUAACCGAAGGCGUCAAAUCAGGGAAGCACAGGUCUUCUACAGAAUCCCCACCUAACCGUGAAAGGGAUGCGGGGGAGCAUAAAAAACACCGAAAUAGUUCAGAUCGACGACAUCACCACCACCAUCGUCAUGGUGGUAGCAGUCAUCGCGAUUACCGACAUCGACGUUCUAGUGGCCAUAGUGACGCCGAUGAAGGCUCAGAGGAAGACAAUCGAGGUGUCACUAAUUCUUCUAGAAGACGCUCGGGUAGUGCAGGAGACUCACACACAGAGCAAUUGAAUGAGAAGAAUUCACACUCAUCCCCUAGAAAGCGUCAAGAUAGAAAUGAUCGUGUAAGUCAUUCACAGGGAAAGAAUUCAAAACAUACUUCUGCAGACAUUUCUGAUGAGGGGGAGCUAAAUGAAUCUCAAGAAGAUCCAUUGGCUCCUCAAAAUACAACUCAAAAGAAAAGAAAAAGAGAUUCCCACAGAGUCACUCUUAUGGAAACUGUGGAAGAAAUAAGAGAAGCUGAAGAUGGAGAAAUCUUAGAAGAUGGAGAACUUGAUGAUGAUGAUGAUGAAGAACUUAAAGGAGAAGAAAAGGAUAGUCAUACAAGCAGAGUUGAAUCGGAAGUGGCAUCGAAGUCAGUUCAGGAUGAACGUAAAUCAGAUAAACAUGAAAGGAAGAAAACAAAUGUUAAAGAAAAACGAAAACGUGAAUCAGAAGAUAAGAGGAAAAGAAAAAAGCAGACAGAGGCAGAAAAAACAGAUAAUCAGAAUAGCCCAGCUCCAGCAUGGGGCUCUGGAUAUCAAGGUCCAAAAUCCAAAGCCUCACCAUUUCAUAAGUCUCCAAGACAUUCCCGUAACAAAAGCUACCAGAGUCCACCAGGAUUGUAUGAUAGCCCAUCUGAUUCAGAUUAUUCAGAUGAAGAAUCUACUUUGUCCAAAGUGGGAACCGAUGGUUAUAUUGAUGCCUCAGUUGCAGCUGAUGAAAAGGAGGGUGUAUUCAAUUACAAAACAAGUACUAAAAAGAAAAAGCGUGAGAGAAAUCACGAACGCUCAGACCGCUCUGACCGAAAAAGAAGUCGGAACCAAGAUAGCAAACUUGAUGGUCCCCCCAAAAAGAAAGCGCUUGUUGACAUGGCUAUGUCAGAUAGACCAGUCUGUAAAUUUUAUAUGGAAGGCAAAUGUGCUAAGGGAAGUGGUUGCCCCUUUAACCAUGAUGUAGAGAAGCCAAGAAAAAUGGAAGUUUGCAAAUACCACUUGACAGUUAAAGGCUGCCACAAAGAAAGAUGUGUAUUUAUGCAUGAAGAUUUUCCAUGCAAGUAUUACCACACAGGUGCCAAAUGUUACUCAGGAGAUAGAUGCAAGUUUUCACAUGAUCCCUUGACUGAAGAAACUCGUCGUGCUUUGGAGAUGAGGGUAGCUGCAGAAGAUAUCAUUGAUAUGGAAGAUCCUGACUAUGACUAUGAUUAUAGGAGCAGGGAUUAUGAAGGUCGAAGUAGACCCAGUCUACUUGGAUCACCACCACGCUUUAAUGCUAAGAAGAUCCCAUCUCUCUUUGAAAUAGAAGUUCGUCCCCCUGGCCAGUCACCUAAACCAUCCCCACAAGCUGUGAGGCCAUCAGGAUUUUACAAUGAAACCAACAUUUCACCAAGCCCUGGAGCAGGCAGCAGUGGAGGAUCUAUAAAUAACUCCUCAAUGAACAUGAUGACCAACACUGGAGCACAUUCAAACCAAAAUAAUAUAAACAACCAGACCAACAUGGGGGGACUGCUCCAACCUCCAUUGAGAAACAAUAUGAUGGCAACAAAUAGGCCGAACAUGAUGAGUCAGCAAACUAGAGCUGUUGGUGGAGCACCUGUCCAGUUCAUGGGGCCAGCACAGGUGACCAACCAAGCUGCUGGUAAUCUACCUGUUCUAAACAUGCUGGGGGCUAUGUUGGAGGCAGCCAUGCAGAAGGGACCUGGUGGACCAAACAGUAUUGGGGGUCCAAAUGUCAGACCUAACAUGAGCAUGGGACCUAACAACAUGAAUACUGGAAGUAAUAAUGGCAUGAACAUGGGACCCAAUAACAUGAACAUGGGCCCUAACAACAUGAAUAUGGGACCUAAUAACAUGAACAUGGGCCCUAACAACAUGAAUAUGGGACCUAACAUGAAUACUGGGAGUAAUAUUGGCAUGAACAUGGGACCUAACAAUAUGAACAUGGGACCUAACAACAUGAAUAUGGGACCUAACAACAUGAACAUGGGUACUAAUAACAUGAACAUGGGACCUAACAUGCAUACUGGAAAUAAUAAUGGCAUGAACAUGGGCCCCAGUAACAUGGCAAUAAAUCGACAAGGAAAUGUGUCUUCUAUGAUGCAAUCAAACAAUAUCAUGGGACAGCAAAUGAUGAGUUCAAAUGUUAACCCAUCUCUUAAUCAGUUAAAUAAUGGGGGAUUUGUGGAUCCCACUGUAAAUCCCAAUGUGAACACUUUAAAUAGUACUUCUGUUGUAGGUGUUUCUCAGCCAAACAUGGGGCAAGAGGUAGGACUUAUGGAUGUGGAUUAUAGAAUUAAACCUAGUAUUGAAGAGAUGGAAGAAACUAGCCAGGAUCUUUCAGAGCUUGAUAAAAUUAGGCGCCAGAUCAAGGAACAAAUAGAAAAGGAAGAUGAAGAGGAGGAAGAGGAGGAAACUAUGCAAGUGGAUUUAGACAUUAAGAGAGAGGCACCUGAGUUGAGUCCAGAAAAUUCUGAUUCUCAAAGCAAAUUAGAAGUAAAAGAUGAAAAAAGUCAACAGAAAGGAGAUAUUGAACUGGAAAACAUUGAAGUUCCAACUCACCUCCCUAAAAAACAGAGGGAACUUUUCAAAAGGAUUCAACAGCAGCAGUUGUUAAGGGAAAAAGAAAGAGAAAGACAAGAAGCAAUUAAAGCUACAGAGGCAGAGAUAAAAGUUGAGGAAGAUGACUGGUACUCUAGUGAUGAAGAUGGAGAAUCUGACCAGAAACCUAAACUGACUGAUGUCCUAAAGAAGUUAAAUCAAGAGACCCUGAGUGGAUCAACUUCAACACCUCAGCCACCCCCAAAUCCAGAGACACCAGCCACAGCAUCAGCCUUCAACAUCAUGCAAAUGAUAAAUGCAAUAAAAAAUCACAGCACGACUGCAACAACCUCAGAUACAAGUUCACUCAGUUCUGUGCUGUCUGAGCCAACACAACGUCAAACCACCAUAGCAGUUUCCCCAGCAUCACCACAGCCUAACUCUCCACCAAGUGUUCGCCAGCUAUCAAUAUCUGACUUAAACCCUACUCACAAAUCUGCCGACCCCCCAGUGGUCAGUGCUCAUCCAUCAAAACCACUUAUUUACAGUGUGGUGAAAAUCUCCAUAGACUUCCCUAAACCAUACACUCGUCUCCCAAAUGAGGUGAAUGCUUCAGAUCCAGUGUUUAAAAAUGAUCCCAGGGUCAAGUGGCAUUUACAGCACUUAGAAAAACAAUUGCAAGAACAGCCUCGUCGCAAUAGUACUGACAUAGCACAAAAACCUGCUGACCCUCGACUAAAGAAAGCUACAAGUGACCCUAGGGUCACCAAGCCUGGUGACUCUCCUAACAGUGGAAGAGGAGAUGGCAGCAAGCCUGCUGAUCCCAGGUUACACAAGUUAAGGCCUGUUGACCCUAGACUUGCCAGGCAGGCCAUUCAUCGGCAAAAUAGUCAGGAUUCUGCUAACUUUAUGCAUGGCUCCAUAGGAAUGAUGGUUACAUCUAACAUGGGCAUUGCUAUGCAAAUGGGAGGCCCUAUGAAUAAUCAAAUGGGUGGUCCCAUGAAUAAUCAAAUGGGUGGACCCAUGAAUAAUCAAAUGGGUGGACCCAUGAAUAAUCAAAUGGGUGGACCCAUGAAUAAUCAAAUGGGUGGACCCAUGAAUAAUCAAAUGGGUGGCCCCAUGAAUAAUCAAAUGGGUGGACCCAUGAAUAAUCAAAUGGGUGGACCCAUGAAUAAUCAAAUGGGUGGACCCAUGAAUAAUCAAAUGGGUGGACCCAUGAAUAACCUUAUAGGAGGUCCGUUGAAUAACCAGAUGGGGGGUCAAAUGAACAUAUCAAUGAGAGGCCCUAUGAUGUGUGUGAACCCAGUGAUUGGCCAGAUGAUGAGUACUGUGAGACCUAUGCCAGGCCCUGGCAGUAUGAACAGCUUAAUCCACAGCAAUUUAAAUGUGAUGGCUGGACCUCUGAAUCAAAUGGGUCCUAAUGCCAACCUAAGGCUUGGUGCUCCCCACAACACUCUGCCUGCAUCAACAGCUGCACCAGCCAUCACACCAAAUGAGACAGUUGAUCCACGCUUAAAAUCCAGUCUUGAUCCUCGACUGGUAAGAAAUGAGCCACGGGUUGGGAAUGAUCCCAGGUUAAAAAAUAAGUUGUUGGAUUCAUGGGAGCCCAAAAAAAACUUGAGUGAUCUGGCAAGGUCAGGCUCUCCACACUCUGAUUCAGCAACUUGUGAUCAGAAACCUGGGUCCUCUCCCAGUGACAUCCCCCCUUCAAGCUGGGGAACAGCACAGCUUGAAGGACCAGAGCUAAAGCAAAACUGGCAGAAACAAGAUAUUGAUGAGCGCUUGUCCCCAUCUACUAUGCAGGAAGCUGAAACAGAUACACAAAAACAAUCUCGAAAAUUUGACUAUCGUAAUGACCCUCGAUUUAAAAGAGUGAAACGCUUGACUGGACAAAGGAAGAGCAGCAUGGACUAUAGCUCACCACUGGGUGAGGAAGCUCACGGCAGCAAUGAUGAGGCAGGAGAGGGGAAAACUUAUAACAGUUACAAUCGUCCCAAAUUGUCAGUUAAAGAAGACAAAAGUAGAAAUGCCCCCAGUCCCACACUACCAGAUACACUUCAAGACUUUGAUAUACCUGAGGCAGAGCCAGAAUUAAAAGUUAAAGAUUUAUUUAAAGCAAUAGAUCCAACAGCAUCACCCUUUUGUUGACCCUUGUUACCUAUUUGUUCAACUCAUUUCUACAUUAGCAUCAAGUAUUUUCAUGUAGAUUUAGUUUGUAGGCAGUUUAGAUGACAGGUUAACUUUUUGUACUGUAGAUAUCUUAAUGCUCCUUAUAUGUAGAUAGCUAGUCAAAUGUUUGACGGCAGCACAUGGUUUUUAACCAAGAGUAUUUGUUUCAUUUUGUUGAUGUCAUUAUUUUAUUGCUUUGAAGUACAGUCUUUCACUUUAAGUUCUCAGCAUUGCUAAUACAAAAUUGAUUUCUAUCUUUUUGCUACUUGUUUUUAUUUCAUAAUUAGUUUUCUUGACUCUAGCCUGUUCAGUUUCUUCCUAUGUAAAUAUAGCUGAGCUGUGAUGAUUACACAAAUGCUUCCAAAAAUGAUAUUGUGUAAAAAGUCAUGUUUUGGCCAUGCAUAUAAUAUAUAGUAUUCCUAUUGAAUAGCUCCAGGUGAGGUAAAAAUAUCUUUACAGAUCUUCAGUAAUCCUUAACAACCUCUCCAGGUGAGGUAAAAAUAUCUUUACAGAUCUUCAGUAAUCCUUAACAAAGGUUUGAUACUGGGCUCAUAUUUGAUUGUUUUUAAAGGUAAAUUUAACUUUUCCACUACAAGCACUUAAUAUUUUUAAACUAUUUCAGACAGGCAGGUCCAUAACUUCUUGUCAUAGUACAUGGUCAAUGUAGCAACUAUUGAAUGCUGAAUCAUGUGAAAUUGUUUGGUACUUAAACAUAACUAAUGUAAAUAAAUGUAUGAUAUUAUAGGCCUAACUAGUUUGUCUGAACUUAUGUUGGUAAAUGUCUACAUGUAUGUCAGUAGUGUCUAUAGGAAUGUUGGUAAAUGUAUCAAAUUGAACAAUCUAGAAGAUAUUGGCAAAUAUUAUAAACAUGAAUGCCCCUUUCACAGUUGUAUCAUAAAAUGUUCCCAAUGUAAUAUAUGUAAAUAUAUAUCCCAUGUGACAUUUGGUUUGUCAUUUGCUUUUUUCAGUCAAGUAAAAUAAUGAUUGAG